UUGUGAUUAAAAUCAACAAUUAAUCUUCCUUUCAAUUGUUCAAUUUACUUUUUGUCUCUUCUUCUUCUUGUUUUGUUAAAUCUCUUUGAUUGACUUUCAGUUUUUCGCAAUUCUCUUGAAUUUUAAAUUCUUUUCUUCUUAAUCUCUUCAGUGGUUUUCUCUUUUGGUGUGUCUACUCUCCUCUCUCUUUGUCGUGUGUUUUCUGUUUCUUCUUCUGUGUCUCAAUAUCUCGGUUCUUUUUUAUUUAAGGAAAAAUGUCUUCACCAACUAAAGAUGAUCUUAAAACCAUCGGCGAUGAGCUUAAAAAUGAGAUCGUUUCUGAACAUCAUUUGAAACACGCUGAAACUCAGGAGAAAAAUGUUCUCCCCUCAAAAGAGGCCAUUGAAUCGGAAAAGGCUCAACAAGAAUUGCUCCAAGGAAUCGCCAAUUUUGACGCUAAAGCUCAAUUAAAGCCAACAGAGACCCAAGAGAAAAUUGUCCUUCCAACAAAGGAUGUCAUCGAAGAGGAGAAACAAGCAGCCCAAUAAUCUGACAACAAUUUAAUAUCAUCAAACAAAUCAACAGAAUUCCAGAAUAUAAUAAUCAACAAUCAUCAAACAAUAUGAUUUACACCAUUUUGUUUACAUUUCCACAACAAAAAAGAGCAAAUCUAAUCUUCUAAUUAUCUAUUCUCUCUACCUGUUUACCUUUUUUGGUAUUACUUUUAUAAUAAUUAACAAAAGAGAAAAAAGCUUAAAAUGUUUCCAACUCAAUUUUCCAAUGAUAUUAUAUACUAAUUGUAAUUGUCAGAUUGAUUUCUAUUACAAGAAACAAGCAACAAUAAUAAAACACAAACAUUCCCAUUGA